GUCUCCGCAGACCCGGCAUCUUUGUUGUCGGUCGCGGCUUCUCGUCGCCUUCCGCGUGAGCGGCAGAAGACGGUGGCGGUCCUCGACCGAAAUGCCACGAUCUCGCAGAUGCAUAUACCGAAGACCGCCGGGCUGUCGCUUUACAAGCAGCUGAAGCCUCGGGGCGUGAACUUCCGCCACGUCUCUUCGGGUUUCGAUGAGAGGUGCUACUAUGUGCUGAGAGGUGAAGGCGAUGAGCACAUUGCCGCCACCUUUCGAAAUCCGCUGGACCAUGUCUACUCCUUGUAUCUGGAGUGUAGCUACACUUCUUUUGGCCGUGACAUGACGCUGGAAACGGACUUCCCUCGAGAUCCGGAAGAGAACCUGACCAGUGGCUACAUGCCUGCCUUGAGUCGAUGGCUGGAGCAUUUCAUUUCCGAAAACACUGAGGAGUACUACAAUUGCUACCACCCGCUUAACAUGCAGGUGCGCUACUUGACAUGUAACGAUUCGGCGUAUCCCGAAGGCGGGCACCGGAGGCUGAGGAACCAGACCGACGAUUUGACUGAAGCCAUUGCAAACAUGCGAUCGCUCUUUUUUGUUGGCAUCUCCGAGCAUUACGUCGCCUCGGUGUGCAUGCUUCUCUAUCAGCUCCAGCUGCCGAUGACGAACUGCGACUGUGCCGACCAAUCCGCCUUUAA